GCUAAAAUUAAGAGAAAAAAAUAUUUUUUUAUUAAAAAAUUAAAUGAAAGGAGAAUAUCUCUUUCCAAACCAAACCAAUCCAAGUCCAAUUCAACGUUCAGGAUCGGUGGAAAUCUAACCAUGGAAGUAACCAACACAACACGAGUAAACCGUCAUUUCGCACAGGCUUGUCUGGCACGAUACCCAGCAAGCACUACGCCAAGCAAGUGAUUUGUUUGUCGUAGUGGCAAAAGCCACAGGCCACAUGGGUUGCAGCCUGCUGGGGCCGGGGGUGGGACUCGGACUCUAACCCAAAGCCUAAGCCUAAACCAAUUUAGCCCAAAGCCGAACCCUCUGUCUUUCUUCUAAUCCCAUUUUUUAAUUUUAUUUCCUAUGCCAUUUGGCAACUGACAAAACAAAAUCAGAAAAUCAAAAAGGAAAAAGGAAAAAGGGAAAAAGAAAAAGGAAAAAAAUAUUUUAGUAAUUGUAAAUUUGUCUCUGUUCUCUAUGCCCUCUAUACAUAGCUUUCGGUGGAGGUGCUUUCCGCUAUUCUAAUUUUCCGUCAAUCUUGAAUCUUUUCUUUUCAUAUUUCUCUUUAAUUACCAUCUGAUUCUUUGGCUUCUCCCUUUCCUCCGUUUCCUCUCACUGGGAAUGCCUUCCGGAAACUUAUGGGCUGAAUUAGGCAUUUCAUGGGAGUAACAGAAGAUAGUGAACCACCCUUGAAACGUGUGAAAGGGCCCUUGGAAGAAUCAAAGAGCUUGCCAGAGGAUCAUUCAACUGCAGAACCUGUUUCUUGCUCUUUGGGAGACCAGAUGGCUAGGCCUCUAACCUCCCGAGAGGAUGGGGAAACAAUUGGUUCACAAGGUGUUAUAAAAAAGGCAGAAUUUAUCAAAAUUAUAACUAGGGCUUUAUACUCACUUGGUUAUGACAAAAGUGGUGCCCUUCUAGAGGAGGAAUCAGGAAUACCAUUGCAUUCUUCAGUGGUUAAUCUGUUUAUGCAGCAAGUGACAGAUGGGAAAUGGGAUAAUAGUGUGGCCACAUUGCGUAUGAUUGGUCUCUCAGAUGAAAUCGUGAAAUCAGCAUCUUUCUUGAUUUUGGAACAGAAAUUCCUUGAACUUCUGAAAAUGGAAAAAGUUGUUGCUGCAUUGGAUACACUAAGGGAUGAGAUUGUGCCUCUUCAUGUCAGUCUGAAUCGUGUUCAUGAGCUUGCUGCCUGUAUCAUCUCUCCUUUACAAUGCAUAAGACUUGGGAUUUCUGGUCAAGAUACUGAGGGGACAAAGUCAAGGUCAAAGAUUCUAGAAAAACUACAAAAGUUGCUUCCUGCCGCAAUUGUGAUUCCUGAAAAGAGAUUAGAGCAUCUAGUUGAAAGGGCUCUUGAUGUUCAACGAGGGGCUUGUGCAUUCCAUAAUACCUCAGAUAGUGAUCUCUCUUUGUACUCAGAUCACCAGUGUGGGAAAAAUCAGAUUCCUUCCCAGACAUUGCAGAUACUAGAAGCACACAAUGACGAAGUUUGGUUUUUGCAAUUCUCACAUAAUGGCAAAUAUUUGGCCUCAUCAUCUAAGGAUCAGUCGGCAAUUAUAUGGGAGGUUAAAGAAAAUGGUCAGGUGUCACUGAAGCAUACCCUAUGCGGUCAUCAUAAACCAGUGUUAAUUGUUUCAUGGAGCCCAGAUGAUAGCCAAAUCCUUACUUGUGGACAGGAUGAGGUUAUCAGGCGUUGGGAUGUCAGUUCUGGAGAAUGCCUCCAUAUUUAUGAAAAAUCUGGUGUUGGUUUGAUUUCUUGUGGAUGGUUUCCUGAUGGUAGAGGGAUAUUUGCUGGGAUGACUGACAGGAGCAUCUGCCUUUGGGAUUUGGAUGGAAGAGAGCUGGAAUGCUGGAAAGGACAAAGGACUCUCAGAAUCUCAGAUAUGGCCAUAACUGAUGAUGGUAAGAGGAUCAUAAGCAUAUGCAGAGAAUCUACUAUAGUAUUGCUUGACAGGGAAGCAAAAUUUGAGAGACUGAUCGAAGAGGUGGACAUGAUUACAUCAUUCUCAUUAUCAAAAGACAACAAGUUCUUACUGGUUAAUCUUAUAAACCAAGAAAUCCAUCUCUGGAGCAUAGAAGGUGAUCCUAAACUUGUGUCAAAGUACAAAGGUCACAAACGUACCCGAUUUGUAAUUAGAUCUUGUUUUGGUGGACUCAGGCAAGCUUUUAUUGCCAGUGGCAGUGAGGAUUCGCAGGUGUACAUAUGGCACAGAUGCUCGGGGGAGGUCCUACUGGCACUGCCUGGACAUUCUGGAGCUGUGAACUGUGUGAGCUGGAAUCCAGCAAACCUUCACAUGCUGGCUUCAGCUAGUGAUGACCGAACAAUUCGAAUUUGGGGGUUAGAUCACUUUAACCUGAAACGCAGAGACCACAGCAAUGGUAGCAACCACCACUGCAAUGGAAGGACCUGAAACAAUUUGAAUGCUGUCAAAUAAUU